GUGAUCCAGUAACGCGCGCCGUGUGUGACGGGUUUGUACCUGGUUUGUACCUGGUUUGUACCUGGUUUAGGACGUUUUACUUAAGGGAAAAGGAAAUAUACAUUUUAUUUACUUUAGUCUGGGGUUUAUGGUACAGUACGUGUUUGGUACACUUGAGUCGUGUGUGGGGGGGGUUUGUGUUUGACUCACCUGUCGACUACACUAUAACGAGGAAGUGCGUCUGUCAGUAGAAAGGCAUUUCCGCCAAUGGCAACUUUGAACGCCGCACUUUCCUUCAAAAAAGCGUGUAUGCGUUUAAUUCCGUAAAAGAAAUUGGUGAUAUUUGGGUUUUAAAGUGAGGUUGUGGGAAAAGGAAAACGGUUCAAACAGCCUGAAGAGUGACUGAAGUGAUCCAGACGGGUGUCAGACUUCUGGGAAGGAUGGAUGAAUUUUUGGACACUGCUAACAGUACUUUGAGGAUGGAUUCAGACAGCGGCAUGAGCUCUUCAGCCUCUCGUUCUUCAAUGUUGCUGUCCAACAUUUCUACCAGGUCUAACAUGACAAUAGUCGUAUCGGAGAACGGGACUCUGGUGGAGGACAAGAUCUUUCUCAACACAGUUACUGCUCAGGCCCUCUCGGGGAUAUUUAUUUGGUCUGCGGUGCUCAUCACGUGUCACCAGGGUGGUAGAGGUGAGAAGGAGGUUACAAUGAUGCCUACAAUGAAAUGCACUUUUCUUGUUCACUCCAUGACCCAUGAAAAUGUAAUACAGGAUCCUCUGUAUUCUGUAAUCGGACUGCUAGAACAGUGGUGAUGGGAGAAGGGGUCACAGAAUGAAUUUCUUUUGUGCAGUGCCUGGAGGGCACCUGGAGGACAUGUUUGAUUGCCACCGAAGUCUCUUGUCCUCCCUCCAAAAAGUAUAAUGCCUUUUGUGAAGCAGGAGGUUUUCAGGCAGCUUAUACAAUGACAUGUUGGUGUUAAGCCGGAAAAUGAGUCUCCAUGAAACGCUGUCCCUUCACCAAAAAAAAAAAAAAAAAAAAAGAAAAGGUCUGUGCGGUUACAUUUCGUCAUAUAGACCAGCAGCCAAGCAAUUUCUUCCACUGGCAGCUCAUCUGAGGCGCUGCAAACAGCAACCUGUACGGGAGUGGUGGAAAGGUUUUGCAAUGAAAAUGUAUGUAAAUCCUGACGAGCUUAAAGCAGUUUUUUCCUUCAGUGAUGAUGUCAGUUCUCCAUUCAUACUAAGUGUAAGAUCGAGAUUGAUUUGUUCUUGCAAUGUUGACUUGGCUCAAAAAAAGGCAUUCUCUUCAGAGACCAGUAUUAGCAAUAAGCUAUCUGUCCUUCAAGAGUACAGUCUCUUCUAAGUUUAUCCUCUUCCUGUGUUGAACUUUUCACCAAUCUCCUUAUAAGGAUGAAGUUAAAAAAAACAAAAAGACAAUCCUACCUGACUAACCUUUAGUAUGUAUAUUCCAUAGUAAAAUUCUUUGAUUUCUCAUGCCUUUUUCCCCAAAAUAAUUCAAAUGAAGACUAGAGAAAACAAGACUUCAAAUCAGUUUUAAAAAAUAUAUAUUUUCUUACUGUUUGCAGACUACAAAAAGCUCAAAUCAGAAAAGAAGCCUUAGGAACACUAGGUCAACAAACCCACAGUCCCACAGUGUAUUUUAACAUAGCUCGGCUGAUCUAUAAGCUCAUAUGCUCUCAGUUCCAUAUGCUCGUGCAAACAUUAACCAAAAAAAACGAUUUUUUUGAGCCCUUUGCCUGUUCUUGAAUGCUGAAGAGGUGUGUGGAGUGAGAUAAAAAUCCAACGUUCAAUCACUUAAAAGAAAUAGGAAGGAAAUACUCCGAGCUGGAUGGCCAGUAUUUCAGACAUCACAGGUGCACUAUUCAACUAAAACUGCUGACGCAGGUAUUUCUAAAAAUGUUCCCAGCAUUUUCACAGGUAUUCCAACGUCACGUAUGGAUUUUAGCGCUUUAGACCCGCAUGCUGGGAAUCAUUUUGUAAGGUAGCGUAGUAGAUUCGGCAGCUGUAUCGCUUUGUCUAAACAGCAGCCAUUCCGUUAAUGAAAACUGGAAAACUGCUGACUCAGGAAAUUGUGAUCCGCUGGGACAAAAGCCAAGCUUGAUGCCAGUUGUCAGUAGGCUGGGUAGUAGUGUGAACAUCGUGCAUGCAUUUGAAAUGAAUGCAUGAGUCGGAAACCCUAGUAUGUCUGACUUAUGUAAGAUCAACAGUUGCCUGUCAGUACACCACCUCUCGUUACAGUGGCACUUGUCGAGGGGUGGGAUGUAUUUAUUAGCAGCAAGUCAGCAGUCAGUUCUCGAAGUUGACGUGUUGGAAGCAGGAAAAAUGGGAAAGCGUAAGGAAAGACAAGGGCCAAAUUGUCAUGGCUAGAUGACUGGGUCAGAGCAUCUCCAAAACGGCAGGUCUUGUGGGGUGUUCCCGGUAUGCAGUGGUUUGUACCUACCAAAAGUGGUCCUAGGAAGGACAACCGGAGAACCUGCGACACGAUGCAGGAUGUAUGUUGGCGCUUCCUGUCUCAGUGUGAUAUCUGGUGAGGGAGCACAAAUUAGAUCGUUAUCAAAUGUGUUAGUGUUGAUGAUAAAUAAGAGGACUCUUAAUUGAUUUAGAGUGAUCCCAAAUUUGGUCUUGCCAAUUCCCACCACGUCCCCACUUUCUCAGUCACAGGAUGGCCACCAACAAGACCGUGCUUCCUACGAGACACGUGAAGCCAACCUCCACAUCUUUUCAUAACACAGUAGGAGGAAAGCACAAUCUGCACUUUUCUGCAUGCAUGAGCUCACAGAUGCCUGCGAUUGGCUAGUGUCACUCCGAUUGACACGAGAGAGAACGUAUGCCCCUCCCACUCUGAAAGCACAGCCAAUUUUGCUCUCUUGGCACUGGCCACAGAUGACCGUGGCAUUGUCGGGAUUCCAACACGCAAUCUACCGGCAAUAGAGCGAACGGUUUUCUGUUGUCACUCUUUAAGUAGGAUAAACUAUGCCCUUAUCAUAAACAAGGUCCUCGUUUAUAAAUCCGCUACCGCACCUUGGACGGAAUCUCAUCAUGUGCUCUCCACGGCCAGAUGUCCUUGAGACUGGUAUUGUAAAAUUAAGACAAUAAAAUCAUAUAAUGUUUUACUAACUGGUAGUUUAAAAACUCUGAUUUCAGUCAAAUGCAUCAAUCAUCUAACAACAAUAAGAAGAAUAAUUAAGACGAAUAACAAAUCUAGAUGUGUCGCGGAGUCCGUGGAGGGAAUAUUUACCCUCUCUUUCUUUCAGCUGUGCCUGGUGGAGUCUGUUUCUCUUCCUGCACUACAGGAGAACUGGACCAGAUCAAUCUAGAUCCUGACUCACCUUGGUUCUCUAGAGCGCCUUAAUACAGUGCAUUAGUCCUCCACCCACGUAAUAGCCAAGGCUGAACAGAAAUCUUUCAUGUGUCCUACAAAGUGUAAUCAUUAACUACGAUAUCCAUCAUGGGUGUGAUAAAACAGCAGGGAAGAGAUAAGAUCUAUUUGCACCUGAGAUCAUACACGGUGCCAAACGAGCAGCGUUACAUCAUCCGCAUCCUCUUCAUCGUGCCCAUUUACGCCUUUGACUCCUGGCUUAGCCUCCUCUUAAUCAGCAACGACCAGUACUACGUCUACUUUGACUCCAUCCGUGACUGCUACGAAGCUUUUGUAAUCUACAACUUCCUGAGCCUGUCCUUUGAGUAUCUAGGAGGAGAGAGCGCAAUCAUGGCCGAAAUACGCGGAAAGCCGAUUCCGUCAAGCUGCAUGUAUGGCACCUGCUGUCUGGCUGGAAUGAGUUACUCUAUUGGCUUUUUAAGAUUCUGCAAACAGGCCACACUUCAGUUCUGUGUGGUGAAACCCAUCAUGGCCAUCAUCACUAUCUUCCUACAAGCCUUUGGCAAAUAUCACGAUGGAGAUUUUAACGUGAACGGAGGCUACCUUUACAUUAUGAUCAUCUACAACGUCUCUGUGAGUCUGGCACUCUACGCGCUUUUCCUCUUCUACUCAGCCACCAGUGACCUUCUGAGACCCUUCGAACCUGUGCUCAAGUUCCUGACCAUCAAAUCGGUCAUCUUCCUCUCCUUCUGGCAAGGCAUGAUCCUGGCCAUCCUGGAGCGCUGUGGUGUGAUCCCAGAAGCAUUGUUAAUAGACGGGCAUGAGGUGGGUGCAGGGACGGUAGCAGCCGGCUGGCAGAAUUUCAUCACUUGCAUCGAAAUGUUCUUCGCCGCUAUCGCACUCCGUUACGCCUUCACGUACGACGUAUACCAGGAGAAGAAGAGCCAAGCUCCAGAUAAUGUCGCCCCCAUGCACAGCAUCUCCAGCGGACUGAAAGAGACCAUCAAUCCUGGAGACAUGGUGCAGGACGCCAUCCACAACUUCUCUCCAGCCUACCAGCAGUACACGCAGCAGUCCACGCAGGAGGUGGUGCAGCCGAACCAGAACGGCAAGCAGGGCCCUGCCGUCAGCAAGAACCCGAAGAAGUCUGACAAAAUCACCCUGAUCGACACGGAUGAUGAGCUCUAAAGAGUGUGUGUGUGCGCGUUUGUGUAUGUAUGUAUGUGUGUAUGUAAAGGGGAAAGGGGAACGGGGAACCACAGGUACAGAGAACAUCUUCCAAACCCAGACAGAUAUAUUCCAGACCACAUAACGUGUGACGUCUAAGGUUACAUAAUCCCAGAUUAAUCCGCGUCUUCUACAGCCUCCCGCUAACGUUAAUAACGAAUGUCUCCCAAAUUCCAGUGACUUCAUUAGGUUACAAGAAAAGGAUUAACAGAAUUAUCUCAGUGUUCCCUCGACUGUCAAGAAAAGAGCCGCAGGUUUCGCAGUUAUCGCGGGUUUCGUCGCUGCUUAAUCGAUCCGCUCGUACGUCGUCCCGCUCUGUUCAAGCUGACAAUGUUGUGGGGAUCCCUUGUGAUUCCUGGCUGUGUUACAGAACAACCUAAGCGUGAAGGAGGUGCUGAGGAAGCUCUGACGGGCUGGAGCAGACACUUCACAGAGCGCCUCUUUUUUGAAGUAUUUACUCGGCGGCCCUUGGAUCCGGUCUCCCGAUGAACGGAAGCGUCUCUCAAAGACGCCCUGGUUUCGGAGCGCCGCACUUCAAACUGUUUACCUGGGCUCUUUGAAACACUUCAUAUCUCCUCCAUCAAGGACACGACGAACGGCUUAAGAACUUCUCUUACCUGACAAGGAAGCUUCGCCAUUUUUCUUCUUACCUCACACUCUUCAGCAUCUCUAAUCCUAUCCGAACAAUUCAGCAGUCUUGUGCUAUAUUAUACAAGGAAGUUAUGUAUGUAUGUUUGUUUUAAUUGUAAAUAAUUUGUAUAUAAUAAUUUAGUCGCACGGGUGAUGAUGGGAAAUGUGAAGGUUAAUAUAAUGUUAUUGUAAAGGAAUAAUUAGUUCAUGUGUUGUAUUGAUUAACGCUAUCCAGUGGUGUUGCUUCACUUCGUUUCACUCGAACAUUUUUAACUUCUUUUUAAAAAGAUCAUUAAUCUGGACACUUUUUAAACGAGCAGUAUAUAUUGCGACAAACCUUGACGAACGAUUUAAGAAUAAAUAGUUAUUAUUCACGGCUGCACCCUUUUAAACAGGACAAACGAUCACUAUGGCUCUUUAAUUAGGUUCUAAAGGCGGUCAGUUCUUGUACACCUUGUUCAUAAAGUAUUUGGAAUGCUUCUUGAAAUGUUUUACCUGGGCUCGUCACGUAUAAACAGUAUAACAUCCUUUAAAUGAAGUUAAGACGCUGUCGAUCGUUUCUGGAUUCGAAUAAAAGCUCACUUAAAACGAAUGAAA